UCGCCCGCGGGCCGGCCGGGCUGAUCCGCUGGGAGCCAUGCGAGCCCGCAUCUCCUCAGGGACCGGGGCUCCCGGGCCGUGUCCUGUCAGCACAUAGCAGCAGCAGCCCGAGCUGGGGCCACACGCAGCUGAAGCUGCCGCAGCCCCGCGGGUGCACCAGCGCCGGGCAGUGUUUGGCUGCAGGGCCCUCACCCUGCCCUCCCGGAGCCUGCGGCCGCCUCCAGCCACUGAGCUCUGCUGCUCCCCUGCUGCUGGGCCCGGCAGCAGGAGCAGCUCUCCAGGUCACUCCGCAGGGCUGAGAGACUCCUUACCAGUGUCUGAUCUCUACAGCGAGAUGUCGUGCCCGGAAGAACUGGAUGCCCUGGCAGAUGUGGAUCUGCUUGACUUCCUUCUGAAGGAUGAUGCUCCCUGCCCUGAAAUCCCCAGGGAGCAGAAUGGUCUGCUGGAAGACUGGGGCCUGCCAAUGCCUGAGCUCCUGGACAAGGAGAUGGAUGACUUCAUCAGCUCACUGCUGAGCCCUUUAGAAGAUGAACCAGACAGGCUCAGUUAUUUGCCUGCCAACAAUGACAGCAGCAUUUCUGAGGAUCAGCACGUGUCCCAUUGCCUUGGUAGCAAUUUUGCCAGCCGAGACAUUGUGCAGGUUGAUCAUAACUACUCCCUUCACCAGGACUGGCCUGCACUGGAAAGUGUGAGGUCUGACAUGACCGAAGGAGAUGUUACCAUUGAGCUAGGGGCAUGGGUGGGUUUGGAAUGCUCAAGCGAGGCACUGGAACAGAGCACCACUUCCCCCAUUGCCGUUGCUGUGGAAGAUGAACCCCAGCUUGUGCCUGGAGCCAUGGUACAGGUACUGACUCCCACGCCUGUGGACCCCAGCCUUUGCUUCUUACAUCUCUCCUUCUCUUCUGACUUGGCUCCUAUGAGGGGUAUCUCUGAGGGAAACCAUGACAUUACUUUGGGAGAGCUGAUUCCAGUUCUUUGUGCUUGCUGCAUGCCCUCACUGGCCCAGGGUGGAC